AUGCUGAAACUGCCCCGGCUGACGACUGCCACUUGCCAGAAUGCGGCCAGGUUGCUUCUUCGGGCUGUGUGGCCGGAACCGCGGCAAGAAGGGCGCUUUAGGGUCUUCCCGGGCGCAGUGCCCGGCCAGCUGCGCUUGGCCCGGGACUUCCAUCGUGGAGAUUUGCUGGGCGCUGGCAGCUACGGUUGCGUGUUCGCCGCGCGGCGUAAGACCACGGGUGAGAUCGUGGCAGUGAAGGCACAAAGAUGUUCUGAGACGAAUGUUGCCGGGUUGGACCUCCUGCUCGUGCGUCUCACUCGUGAGCUUCGACUUUGCGAGCAGUCCGGAACGCCCAGCGGAGCGAGCCGGGCGAGCCCGGAGAAGCUGCAUUUGUUCUUAGAGUAUUGCAGCGGUGGGAGCCUAGCUGCGCCCGGUGCCACAGCAAAAGCAGAACUUCGAUGGGAUGAGCUGAUGAGUUGCUUGAGGCAACUCCGUACCUACGGGCCCGUGAGUGAGGAGCUUUUAAGGAGCGGGGGAGGUGCGAACGUUUUGCUGACACACAGCGGAGAUGUAAAGAUUGCGGACUUCGGCUGUUCCAAAUGGGUUCAGCCUGGGGAGUCCAUGUUGGAGAACUCUGUAGCUGGCUCAAUCUUUUGGAUGGCGCCGGAGCUCUUUCGAGGUCGGGGGAAACUGACCACAUCGUCCGAUAUUUGGUCCUUGGGCUGCUGUGUCCUGGAAAUGGCCACUGGCUCGGCUCCGUGGGCUGAACGGUGCUUCGACAACAUCCUGCAGGCGUUUUCACGAACACAAAGUUCAUGCGCUUCUGUUUUGAGUCUGAUGUGUUACAGUGACAGUAUUCUUCAGUAUUUUUGUUGCUUUCGUUGUGUCGGGGACCACCACAAGUAUUUGAUCCUGCAGCAUGCUUCCCCUUCCUUGUCCUAUCUUGCCCUGGAUCCUUCAUCCGCCUCAUCCCAACCGCAGUUCACCCAAACAUGGCAUCCAACCGGCGAACGGUGCGGCGAGCGUGUGCGGUGUGUCCACAUCGUCAUGACGGGCGCCGCCGGUGGGAGGCGUGUCACGUCAUCGCCAACUCAGAGGAGUUGCCCACGAUACCAGCGGAGCUCUCCCAACAGGUCGGAGUGA